AGAACUGAGCCACGCUAGUAAUUGACACAGACUACAAACAAAAGUUGAGUUCGCGCUUUGCAGAAUCCGCCCAAGGCCUAAAGUGUACGAAUAACUGAGCGAGUCUGGUGUGUCGGUCACUUGUGGUUUCUUCGCUCUCAGUGUAAUUUCCAUCAGCUGUCAAUAUGUCUAUCGGGGUACCAAUUAAAGUUCUUCAUGAGGCUGAAGGUCACAUUGUGACAUGUGAAACAAACACUGGAGAGGUGUACAGGGGAAAAUUGAUUGAAGCAGAGGACAAUAUGAAUUGCCAGAUGUCCAACAUCACUGUGACAUACAGGGAUGGCAGAGUGGCACAGCUAGAACAAGUCUACAUCAGAGGCAGCAAAAUCCGUUUCCUCAUUCUCCCAGACAUGUUGAAAAAUGCUCCUAUGUUAAAGAGUAUGAAGAAUAAAAACCAGGGUUCUGGUGCUGGCAGAGGGAAAGCAGCCAUCCUCAAAGCCCAAGUGGCAGCGAGAGGAAGAGGCCGUGGGAUGGGACGUGGCAAUAUCUUCCAAAAACGGCGAUAACCAAAACUGGUCUUGUAUUUUUAAUGUGAUAUGUUUUGAUAUGUUCCUGAACGUUUUUUCAUUUUUGUUUAGUUUUUUUUUUUUUUUUGCUUAAUAAAACUCUUCAUGAACAGAA